AUGUUCGCUAAGAUCCUUAUAGCAGCUGCAGUGGUAGCGGUAGUCGCGGCGCGUCCUCAGGACGGUCACCACGAGCACCACCACCACGCCUCCUCCUCACAGAGCAUCAAGCAAUACCACGGGAAGGCUACUGAGAAACACGUCGAGUACUAUUCUCAUCCCAAAUAUGAGUUCGCGUAUGAAGUUAAAGACCCUCACACCGGCGACCACAAGUCCCAGCACGAGUCUCGUGAUGGUGAUGUCGUGAAGGGCGUGUACAGUCUGCAUGAGCACGAUGGAACCAUCAGAGUGGUUGAGUACCAUGCUGACAAAAAGACUGGAUUCAACGCCAACGUGAAGUUCAUUGGUCACGCCAAGCACAUCGUUCCUGAACACCACUCCCAUCACUAA